AUGGCUACAACUAAUAUCUUCCUCAUCUUGUUAACAACGUUCAAUCUCUCAAUACUAGGCGUUUUUUCAUUUGAGCCGGCUCCCAUGCAAGAUUUCUGCGUGGCAGACUCAUCGAACAUAGUUUUUCGUUUAGUUGCAGUUAGAGUGAAUGGUAUGUCUUGCAAGAACCCUAUGUUUGUUCAAGCUGAUGAUUUUUUCUAUAGUGGGCUUCACAUUCCUGCUGACACAAGAAAUUCUUACGGAUACAGAAUCACCCCUGUAACCGUAUAUCAGAUACCAGGGCUUAACACUCUUGGGAUCUCAAUGAUGCGAAUCGACUAUGCAAUGUGGGGUGCUAACCCGCCACACACUCACCCUCGAGCAACUGAAAUACUUACAGUUUUAGAGGGAACUCUUCAAGUUGGCUUCAUUACUUCAGACCCACAAAACCGACUCAUUACCAGAGUCCUUCAACGAGGUGAUGUGUUUGUUUUCCCAGUCGGGCUCGUUCAUUUUCAAAGGAAUUUGGGUCAUUCUAAUGCAAGUGCCAUAGCUGCAUUUAGCAGUCAAAAUCCUGGAGUUAUUAGCAUUACAAAUUCGAUAUUUGGGUCUACUCCGCCGAUUUCUACUGAGUUUCUGUCUCAAGCAUUUCACGUUGACAACAAAACAGUGAAGCGACUAAAAAGGAUGUCAUCGACACAUGUGUGA